AUGAAACUUUUAAUCAGAUUCGAAAAUGAGCUGCUUUAGAUUGGUGUGUUUUGUUUUGUUUUUCUUCUCAAAAACCGAACGGGUGUGUCCAGUAUGAAGCCUGUCCCUUUGGUCCUGCUCAUAACUUCAGUGUUACUGACCACUCACAUCCCGCUGAGUAUCUGUCGACCCCGUGAUCUGAGCAUCUUAGACGGACACGGGUACGCAACCAACCAACUCGACGAUGUGAUCUUAAACCGGGCUGGAGACAGCCAUGUGUCCUACGACCUCGUAGGUGAAAAUAUCCUGCAGUAUUUGCAAAGAAAUGUCGGACCGCAGAAAGCCGGUGUUUUGCCCUUUCCCGCGGUAUAUGUGCGCUCUCCGGUCCAGGACAACAACUUAGAGGAGCUCGUAGAGUUUUCCAAAAGGAACGCCGAUCCACCGAUCUCCAUUGAUCUCACCUUCCACCUGCUGAGAAACAUGAUCGAAAUGGCACGGAACGAGAAUCAAAGAGAACAGGCGCGACUGAACCGCAAAUAUCUUGAUGAGGUUGGGAAGUAGUUGUAGUACAAUGAUGGCAAAUGGUUUCAAACGAAGAGGAAAGAACAAGCUCAAUGCACUUUACAGAUCCCCAACUCUUGCUUUCUUUUUGAAACUCUCUUUAAAGCUUGACAUGACACCCACCGAUGCCAGGUAAAAGCCUUCUUCUGCUCGACCUACACUCUUAAAAAUAAAGGUUCCUCACUGGUUCUUUGCAGCACCAUGCACUUAGCAAAGAACUCUCAAGAACCAUUGUAUGGGGCAUGGGGUUCCUGAGUUGAAAAUGUAAAGAAGUUUUUGAAGAUACAUUAUAGGUUCUACAGAUCAGUGUAUGGGUUUCUGGGUUCUAGAACAGAACUAGAGAAGUCAAAGUUCUUAGCGGAAUUUUAAAAGGUUCUAUCUGAAACCUUUAUUAUUAAGAGUGGAAUCUGAAGAGCUUCUGGGGACCUGCUGUGGUCUCCAACAACUCUGGACCAUUUCAAGGAACCACAUGGAAGAGCCACGACAGAACUUCCAUUAGAAUGGACCUCUACUCAACUCUGCCCAGGGGCCUACAUUUAGAUUCAUUCAAUCUAAAUGAAUCAAUCUACAAUUGUAAUGCACAAACAUCCUUUUAGUGUUUACAUUUGUUUGCCACUCAAUAAGUGUUAUGAUUGCCAAAGGUCUCAAGCAUUACUAUAACAUUACAAAUGCUAGUAUUACUAAUUAGUAUUAAGUUACCAUUCAAUAUAAUAGGGUUUGCAUUGUUACUGCAGACUAUAAUCUUGUAAAUCAGUGUUCAUCUCAUUGCAAGCAGGGCAAAGCAUGAUUAUAAGUAAAGGAAGACCACUUAAAGGUGUGUGACUAAUGCAUAUUUUUGUAGAUCUUUCCCCCCAAACUGUUUUGGUUGCACCCUCUAAUUGCCAGUGGGUAUUAUGGUAUGUUAUUAUUACAUUAAAUUGCAAUCCUUUCGUAGUAAUGCCAAUUUUUAUCUCUGCCAUGACCUUACCCCCAUACAAGUUGCUCACUGUAAAAGUGCAAAAAAAAAAAAAAUUCUCACCAAUAGUGUGAAACUAUGAUGUGUAGCACUUCACGCAAGAGGCUUAUACCCAUGUUUUAUGACAAUGUUGGACAGUAUUACAAAGUGCUUGAGAUAUAUUGUACAUUGUAUAUUCCUCAUCAGUAUGUAAAUUACAUAUUAUAUUGCACCUAAAUGCAUAAACAUGACUUUGUAUUUUGAACAUGAAUCUGCAGAAAUA